UGAGGAUCCAUCAAUUAUGGAGCCCGUGCCCUGCUUGUUGCUGCUGCUCCUGCCUCUGCUGCGCGCCUCUACGGACACGCCAGAGCCCUGCGAGCUAGACGACGACGACAUCCGCUGUGUCUGCAACUUCUCGGAUCCGCAGCCCGACUGGUCCAGCGCCUUACAAUGCAUGCCUGCCGUCCAGGUGGAGAUGUGGGGCGGUGGGCACAGCCUGGAGCAGUUCCUGCGGCAAGCCGACCUCUACACCGACCAGCGGCGCUAUGCUGACGUAGUCAAGGCUCUGCGCGUGCGGCGGCUCACCGUGGGAGCCGUCCAGGUUCCUGCUCCGCUGCUGCUGGGCGUCCUACGCGUGCUCGGGUACUCCCGCCUCAAGGAGCUGGCACUCGAGGACAUAGAGGUAACUGGCACCGCGCCGCCGCCGCCGCCCCUAGAAGCCACCGGACCUGCGCUUUCCACCUUGAGCCUCCGCAACGUGUCGUGGCCGAAAGGGGGCGCCUGGCUCUCCGAACUGCAGCAGUGGCUCAAGCCCGGCCUCCAGGUACUGAACAUUGCCCAAGCACACACGCUUGCCUUUUCCUGCGAACAGGUCCGCACCUUCUCCGCCCUCACCACCCUAGACCUAUCUGAAAAUCCUGGGCUGGGCGAGCGCGGGCUGGUUGCUGCUCUCUGUCCCCACAAGUUCCCGGCCCUCCAGGACUUAGCGCUACGGAACGCGGGAAUGAAGACGCUCCAGGGCGUGUGCGCCGCGCUUGCUGAGGCUGGUGUGCAGCCCCAUCACCUAGACCUCAGCCACAACUCGCUGCGCGCCGACACUCAAGGGUGCAUCUGGCCCAGCGCGCUAAACUCCCUCAAUCUAUCAUUUACUGGACUGCAGCAGGUGCCUAAGGGACUGCCUGCCAAGCUCAAUGUGCUGGAUCUCAGCUGCAACAAGCUGAAUAGGGCCCCGCAGCCGGGCGAGCUCCCCAAGGUGGUUAACCUAUCACUGGACGGAAAUCCGUUCCUGGUCCCUGGAGCCUCCAAACUCCAAGAGGAUCUGACGAACUCCGGCGUGUUCCCAGCAUGUCCGCCUUCGCCCCUGGCGAUGGGGAUGUCUGGAACCUUGGCGCUGCUCCAAGGAGCACGGGGCUUUAUCUAAGGACUAGCAAAGAAUGACUGGGUUCCGAUUGCCCUGGUUUCAGAGGAGCCUGGUUAGCACGUUCAGGACUUCUGGACCAACCCACCCCGCUUCCCACUUUAUUAAAAUCUUAAAAAAUG